UAUGAACAUUAAUAUCAGCAAAACAAAGUGUUGAGCUGGGUGAUUAGUUCAAGAAACUAAAUAAAGCAAAGAAUAUGAGAAAUAUGGAAGCAGAAGCCUCAGUAUCAACUGGUUCUUAUCAUCCACUUAAUGAUCAUGAUGAUGAUUCUCGUACUCUCAGAGGAUUGGGUUACAAGCAAGAACUCUAUCGUGGUCUCUCGUUCAUUGCCAACUUCUCACUUACAUUCUCCAUUGUGUCAGUUCUAACUGGCAUAUCUACAUUGUAUAAUCAGGCCUUAACUUUUGGUGGGCCUGUAACCAUUGUUUGUGGAUGGCCUGUAGUUGGUUUAAUGACAAUUAUUGUGGGCCUUGCUAUGGCUGAAAUAUGUUCAGCUUAUCCAACUUCAGCUGGGCUUUACUAUUGGAGUGCUAAAUUGGCUGGAAACAAAUUUGGCCCAUUUGCUGCUUGGAUUACUGGCUGGGUGAUAUCAAAUUUUGCGUUUUCGUUUUCUAUUAUAUCAGUGCUUACUGGUGUUAACACAUUAAUGGGUACUGGUUUGAAUUAUGGCGGCCCUGUUUCUUAUGUUUAUGGGUGGUUAAUUGCUGGUGCAUUCACAUUGUUUGUUGGAAUGUCAAUGGCUGAGAUUUGUUCAUCUUAUCCUACUUCUGGAGGUCUUUAUUAUUGGAGUGCUAAGCUUGCUGGUCCAAAUUGGGCACCUUUUGCUUCUUGGAUCACUGGCUGGUUCAACAUUGUUGGUCAGUGGGCUGUCACAGCAAGUGUAGAUUUUUCAUUGGCACAGUUAGUUCAGGUAAUAAUUCUCCUUAGCACUGGUGGAUUAAAUGGAGGUGGAUAUCAGGCCUCCAAAUAUGUGGUUAUCGCCCUUCACGGUGGAAUUCUGCUUUUACAUGCUAUAUUAAACAGUCUUCCGAUCUCAUGGUUGUCCCUCAUUGGACAACUAGCUGCUGCAUGGAAUGUUGUAGGUGUCUUUCUUCUUAUGAUUUUGAUCCCAAUUGUCGCAACAAAAAGAGCCAGCGCUGAAUUUGUGUUUACUAAUUUCAAUACUGAGAAUGGAGACGGAAUCAACAAUAACCUAUAUAUAUUCGUCUUGGGACUUCUUAUGAGUCAGUAUACGUUGACAGGUUAUGACGCUUCUGCCCAUAUGACAGAAGAAACGAAAAAUGCAGAUACGAAUGGGCCAAAAGGAAUUGUAAGUGCAAUUGGCAUAUCAGUUCUUGCUGGCUGGGCUUACAUACUUGGUAUAACCUUCGCAGUUACAGAUAUUCCGCAUCUGUUGAAUAAAAACAAUGAUUCUGGCGGCUAUGCUAUUGCUCAAAUCUUUUAUGAUGUAUUCAAGAGUAGAUACGGAAGUGGUGUUGGUGGAAUUAUUUGCUUAGGUGUAAUUGCUGUUGCCGUAUUCUUUUGUGGCAUGAGCUCACUAACUAGCAACUCCAGGAUGGCUUAUGCAUUCUCCAGAGACGGAGCGAUGCCAUACUCGUCGUUCUGGCAUAAAGUAAACAAGCAAGAGGUUCCGCUAAAUGCAGUCUGGACGUCGUCCUUUAUAGCAUUUUGCAUGGCAUUGACGUCUCUCGGAAGCUUGGUGGCAUUUCAAGCCAUGACAUCAAUAGCAACAAUCGGGCUCUAUAUUGCGUAUGCCCUUCCAAUCCUGUUUCGGGUGACUCUAGCUCGGAAAUCUUUCAUUCCAGGUCCUUUUAACUUGGGAAGCUAUGGGAUUGUUGUAGGUUGGGUUGCAAUAUUUUGGGUUGCACUCAUCUCAGUACUCUUCUCUUUGCCUGUUGCCUACCCUAUCACAGAUCAAACUCUCAACUAUACUCCCGUUGCGGUAGGUGGCCUUCUCAUUCUUGUUGUUUCUUCGUGGAUAUUCAGUGCUAGGCAUUGGUUUAAAGGUCCUAUUACCAAUAUAGGUAACUCUAGUGAGGAAGCAUAAAUACUAGAAUUCUUUGUAACUAGACAAUAUUGAUGUGUAUUAUCACCUCUAGCAGAGACAGAUUCAAGAUUUGAACAUUAUAAAUUUGAGAUCGGGGUUCUACGACAACUCAUUUUAUUUAUACUUAGUGAAUUUUUUAAAAACAUA